ACCAGUAAUCAAUACAAGCUGGCGCCCAACUUAAUUUGCACAUGUUUCGACCAAAAGGCAAUAUUUAUACAAACAAAGACGUGGGAAUUAAUAUGCAAUUGGUAAAGAAGCAGAUGCAGUGCAUUCCAAUUUGGCCAUUCUAUCUUUUUGAGUUGCUUUUUCAAGAAAAUGAAGUUUCAUUACCAAAGCCUCACUGCGCAGAAAAAUGUGGCAACUUGACCAUUCCUUAUCCAUUUGGAAUAGGGAGAAAGUGUUACUUUGACAAGCCAUUUGAAAUUAUGUGCAACGACGACAAGAUUGCCUACCUGCCUUGGCUUAAUGAAUCGGUAUCACAUAUCUCAACGAACUCUAUCAAGACUAGUGAAUUUCGUACCUGUUCCUUAUAACAGAUCCUCUGGACAAAACGUAUAUGGGGAUGAAAGUGGAUACGGAUCUAAUGACGAUCCGUAUUUUAGCAUUUCACCAACUCAGAAUAAGUUGGUAGGAAUCGGAUGUGAUAUGUUUGCUAUGCCAAAGAUGAAGAUAAUGGAGACAUUGUAAGUGGAUGUGCCUCUCUUUGCAAUAUUGCUGAUGAUGGUACUAAUGGUGGUUACAGAGCAGCUUCUUCUUCAUCAUCGUCGACACAUUGCACAGGAAGUAAUGGCUGUUGUGAAACUGCUUUCUCAAAAGUACCAAAAAGUUUCACAGCCUCAAUACAAACCAUGAAUACACAGCAAACAACAUGGGCAUCUAGCAAUUACAGCUAUAUUUUAUUUGUGGACAAAGGUUUUUCUAACUUCACUGAAUUGCUAGGUAAGUAUUCAACUUCCAACUGCAAUAUAGAUUACUAUUUUGCAGCUGAAUGGACCCUGGAUUGGGUAAUUGGGAAUGUUAGUUGUAACCAUGCCAUCAAAAGCCCAAAAUAUGCUUGUGGAAAACAUAGUCAGUGUAUCAACGAAUCUGCCAGAGAAGCCGGUGGAUACAGAUGCGGUUGCUCUCCUGGUUUUCAAGGCAAUCCUUACCUCCCUAUUGGAUGCGAAGAUAUCAAUGAGUGUGCAACUCCAAUUGGAAAACGUUGUCCAAAUAAUACUCAGUGCAUUAAUACAUCUGGAAGCUUCUUUUGUGAGCCAAAUAGCGAGAGACGCAUGCUCAGUAAACAGCUCUACAUAGGUAUUGUAGCAGCAAGUAGUUCUCUGAUCCUACUGGCUGUUUGUCUUUGGCUAUAUCGACGACUUCAAAAAAGAAAAGAGAUGAAAACUAAACAAAGGUUUUUCAAGAGGAAUGGCGGACUUUUGUUGCAACAACGGAUCUCUUUAAGUGGACAAACUAGUAAUGGUAACACUUUGCCAGGAUUGAAACUUUUCAUAAAAGAGGAGUUGGAAAAAGCAACAGACAACUUCAACGAACGUCGAAUUCUAGGUAGGGGAGGGCUUGGAACUGUCUAUAAAGGAAUGUUAGUAGAUGGAAGUAUUGUGGCUGUGAAGAAAUCCAACAUAGUGGAUGAAAAUCAGGUUGAUCAGUUCAUUAACGAAAUUCUCAUUCUCUCCCAAUUAAGUCACAGGCACAUAGUCAAAAUAUUAGGUUGUUGUUUAGAGACUCAUGUUCCGCUCUUAGUUUAUGAAUAUAUCUCAAAUGGCACAUUAGCAUCUCAUAUACAUAGAAAUUGUAGUCCAAGUUGCUCAACCACAUCAACAGCAAUAGGACUAACUUGGGAGCAUCGAUUGCGAGUUGCUGCAGAAGUUGCAGGGGCGCUUUCUUACUUGCACUCAUAUGCUUCUAAUGCAAUUUUCCACAGAGAUAUCAAAUCAAGCAACAUACUAUUGGACGAGAAUUUUAGAGCUGUGAUAUCUGAUUUUGGUAUUUCAAGGUUAGUACCUAUCGACAAGACUCACUUAACGACUCUAGUUGGAGGUACAUUUGGUUAUUUGGACCCUGAAUACUUUCGAUCAGGUCAACUUAGUGAGAAAAGUGAUGUCUAUGCAUUUGAUGUCGUUCUGGCGGAGCUUUUAACAAGCCAAAAAGCUGUAUCUUUAGACACAAAUAACUACGAUCAAGGUCUAGUAAUGUGUUUCGAGUCAUCGUUAAAACAAGGUCGUAUACUUGACAUUGUAGAUCCUGAAAUUGUUGAACUUGUGAAUGAGGAGGUUAUUCUUGCUGUAGCCAAGCUUGCCAAAAGAUGCUUAAAGUUUAACUCAAGAGAAAGGCCAUAUAUGAAAGAGGUAGCAACAGUACUUGACCAACUAAGAAGCACAAGGAGUGAUGUGAUUUGCGGUAAUAGUUUUCAAGAUAACAUGUCUCUAAGAAGUGAAAGCUUUAGUAGCUAUGUAUCAGAUAGUCAAUAGAAGAAAAAUCAUCACAUAAAGUCUCAUAAUUGACAGCAAAUUCCUUAUUACUAGAGAGAAAAUGUUUGUGGUGGUUUAAUUUCUUGUGAUUUAUGCAACUUCCUUGGUAUGUAUUUAACGAAAACUCUUUGAAAGUG